UGAAAUAUUUCAAUUUCUUAGUUUUGUGAGCUUUAUGGACAAUUUUCAGCAUUUUUUAUUUUUUGAAAAUUUGAAUUUUUUUCCAAAAUUCUUUCCAACGGAUCCCUGCCAGAACCAGUGUCUGCCGAUCCGGUCUCUGAAGGAGCCGGGCUCUACCGGACCCGGUCUAUGACUUGCCGCCUCUUCAAGGAUCAGGUGAGGCAGACUAUUACCGACAGAGACCGGGUGAUGGAGAAAACGCUGAGGCAGACACAGUCCUGGAGACCGAGUGAGGCAGCUCGAGAGCGGCAGAAAUCGGGUGAUUCAGACUGAUUCCAGCAGAGACCGGAUAUGUCACAGACCAACUGAGUCAAUCAGUAUCCGGCAGAUAGCGAGUGAGGCAUAGACCGAUUCAGGCCGAGACCAUGCCUGGCAGUUAUCGAAUGUGGAAGAGACUAUUUCUGUUAGGGAUCGAGUAGGGAAAAUUUUAUAGAGAAUUGAAAUUUUUUAAAAUUGUCGAAAAAUGAAAGAAUGCUGCAAUUGUCUGACAUGCGCACAAAACCAAAAAUUUCCCAAAUUUUCUGAAAAAAUUUCGAAGAUGAAAUUUUCCUAUUUUUGUAAAGCAAAAUAAAACCAGACAUUAUUUUUCAAUAAGCGAAAAUGAAAUUGCAAUUCAUUCUUAUGCCCCUUCUCAUUAUUUUUAAAUUUAUUUCCUUCUGAUAAGGAGCACAUUUAAUAUUAAUUAUUCACUUUUUACAUUUAUGAUUGAAUGUAACCAAAUUAUAAGUUAGAGUGAUUCUGUUUUUCUUUAAGUACCAACAAUGUGUAAAUAUGGACCGACAAUGGUCAGUCUUUACGUGAACUCCUGCGUGCGUAACAAUGCAAGAAAAAGCACUGGAAUUUCCUAACCACACCUGCAACAAUCUUGGUUGAGCGUGCCGUAAGUCUCUUUUCUCGUUUCUUAUGCAUGAAGUAUAAUAGCCUGAAUGAACCUUAUUGCACUCCACACUUUUACCGAAGAAACUAAUUGUUGCGUCAUCUGUUUACUCGGCAUUGUUGUUUCAUUAUUGCCGUCAACAAUCCGCUUUCGUUAUUGCGGAAAGAAUUUGCUGUGAAUCGGCUGUGAAUGCGUCGUAGACUAGAUAAUUUUGUGCUGUUAAAAACGUUUUAGAAUAUCACAAUUACUUUUCUUAUAUAAGAAUUAUUGAGAAAUCUGUGAUACUGCCCUCCACUCUCUCCAUUAUAUUUUAGAUUAGAUCGAUCAUUGACGGUGGACGUCGUGGUCUCGUACAAUUGAACAAAGUUUGAGGAGAUGGAGGUUAAGCGAGAAAGCGGCUGUCCUGAGCAAGAUGGCGUCAGGUGCACGUGCACCAAAGCAUUGGUCCGUCUGAAUAAACUAAGAGAGAAGAACCUCUUGUGUGACGCGGUGCUGAGGUCGGAGGACGGCGGCGUCUUUCGAGUCCACAGAGUGAUUCUGUCGAUGCGCAGCGAAUAUUUCAGGACACUCUUCACGACAACCCUGCACACCAGUGAGGAGACUGACAUUCUCCUCCACGGAGUCAGCUCAGACAUGAUCACCCUGAUACUGGAUUAUGUUUAUUUUCGCGAGGUGGACAUCCGCUCCGACAACGCGCGUCAGCUGCUCGAGACGGCUGAGUACUUGUGGGUACCAGGCUUUACUGAACUCUGCUGCGACUUCCUCAAGGAAGCGAUGGACGUUCUCAACUGUAUCAACAUCUUGCGUGUCGCAAGGUUACACUACCUCGCCCACCUCGAGACUUCCGCUCGUCGCUUCGUUCUGCGCCACUUCGUGGAAGUGUCUCAGCAGAGCGAAGAACUUUUGGAACUGCCUGUAGAGGAGCUGCAAGCGAUAAUCGAGGCCGAGGAACUAAACGUGAAGAACGAGAAAGUUGUGUGGGAGUGCAUUCUCCGGUGGAUCAACCACGACCCGGACAACAGGAAAGGUCACAUCGCGGGCCUUUUCAAGGGCGUCAGACUGGGACGACUUGACACAAAGUUUUUCAAUGAGACGGUCAGUAUGCCCCUGAAAUCGUGGAUGUUUAUUGGAAGUAAAUCCCUCAUUUUCAAUUCCAUAUUCACACGUGUUCUUAACCAAUUAAUGUAAAUCGGGAGCCUUUUU